UUGGGCACUGAAGGAGAAGUGGGAGAAACAGAGGAUAAACAAGAUGAAAAUACAAACACUGAAACUGAAGAACAGGUACAAGCAGAGGAGAUCAAAUACGUCAAAUCACAGAAAGAUGGGCCUGGAAUAACUGAGGUUGAAAGCAAAGAGAAUAACAACCAGGAAAAUGAGGAACUGGGGGAAAUGGAGAUAGAAAUGGAAAUAUCAUGGACAGAUCUUCCACAGCAGGAGAACAGAGGGAGGACAGAGGACAAAGACAUAGAAGGAACAACAUUGGAAAAGACCGUAACAAAGGAGGAGCUUGAGGAAAAAGUCCAGGACCAGAAGGCUUCUGGAGAAGCUGAUGAAGUAAAUGAGCAAAAAGAAGAGGAAGGAAUUAAAAAUGAAAGACCACUGGUAAAGAACGAGGAGGACCAUCCUGAACUACUGGUAGAGAUAAAAGAAGAGAAGCACAGGAGUGUAUUCCGGGAGAAAAAUGAGACACAUCAGGAUGAAGUGAAAACUCCAAGUGCAAAGGAAAACCUUAGAGAUGAUCAGGAGGCCCUGGGAGGUCAGGCAGGUGACAUCCUCCAGGAGAAAUAUCUCACAGAGGAAGAGGAAGAAGGUGAAGGAGGAAGAAGGAAAGGACUGAUGGAGCAGGAAACUGAGCAGGAUGGAGGAGUUGAGUAUCAGAGAGAGGUGGAAGCUGUGUUGAAAGGAGAAGCCUGCAAACUGGAUUAUGGUGAGGACCAAAACAUGGAAUUGCUGCAGGGAAGGGAUAGCACUGUAGCAGAAGGAAGCUGUGAUACAGCUGAGGAAGAAGAUGAUCGAUUGGACAAUCAGAAAACCAGACUGAAGGAAGAGGAAUUGAAAGGAGGGACUGUAAGAAGAAGAGAGGAAAAAGAGAGUGAAAAUGAAGAAAGAGAAGAGAAGAUAAAGAAUGAAGAGCUCAGGGGACACGAAGGAAGAGCAGCAAUUCUGAGAGAUGUGCAGGGAGAGGAAUAUAACACAGAUUUUAAGGAGCAGGACUUGCACAACGAAGACUUUCAUGCAGAGGAAGGGGAAAGGGUGUCUGAAUCUUCAAAGGAAGAGCAGAUGGAGGCAAGCAGCCUGUCUGCACAGAUCCUAGGAACAGUGGUGGACAUUUCAAUGUGGAAACCAGAGGCACAGAAGGAAGUAGAGGAGCCUUUGGAAACACAGGACAAGGGGGAGACAUCUACAGAGCAGGGAGUGGAAGACUUUAACCAAGGCUGUGAGAUACCAUCCCUGGAACUAGAGGAGGUGGAGACACUCUUUGGAACAAGAAGAACAGAAACAAGAGUUUUUGUUUUGGGCACAGAAGGAAAAGUCGGAGAAACACAGGAUAAAGAAGAUGAAAAUACAAACACAGGAACUGAAGAACAGGGACAAGCAAAGGAGAUCGAAGACGCCAGAUCUCAGAAAGAUGGGCGUGGGAUAGCUGAGGUUGAAAGCCAAGAGAACAACCAGCUGGAAAAUGAGGACCUUGGAGUAAUGCAGAUAGAAAUGGAAAUAUCAAGAACAGAUCUUCCACAACAGGAGGACAGAGGGAGAACAGAGGACAAAGACAUGGGAGAACUAACACAGGAAGGGAUGGUAACAAAUAAGGAGACUGAUGAAAAAUUCCAGGACCAGAAUGGUUCUGAAGGGGGUGAUGAGGUACAUUGGCGAAAAGAAGAGGAUGGAAUUAAACAUGAAAGACCACCACUGGUAAAGAAUGAGGAGGACCAUGCUGAACUACUGGAAGAGAUGAAAGAAGAGGAGCACAGGAGUGUAUUCCAGGAGAAAGAGGAGACACAUCAGGAUGAAGUGAAAGCUGCAAGAGCAAAGGAAGACCUUAAAGAUGAUCAGGAGGCCCUGGGAGGUCAGGCAGGUGACAUCCUCCAGGAGAAAUAUCUCACAGAGGAAGAGGAAGAAGAUAAAGGAGAAAGAAGGGAAGGACUGAUGGAGCAGGAAACUGAGCAGGAUGGAGGAGUUGUGCAUCAGAGAGAGGUGGAAGCUGUGUUGAAAGGAGAAGCCUGCAAAUUGGAUUAUGGUGAGGACCAAAACAUGGAAUCGCUGCAGGGAAGGGACAGCACUGCAGCAGAAGGAAGAUGUGAUACAGCUGAGGAAGAAGAGGAUCGAUUGGACAAUCAGAAACCCAGGCUGGAGGAAGAGGAACUGAAAAGAGGGACUGUAAGAAGGAGAGAGGAAAGAGAGAAUGAAAAUGAAGGAAGAGAAGAGAAGAUAAAGAAUGAAGAGCUCAGGGGACACGAAGAAAGAACAGCAAUUCUGAGAGAUGUGCAGGGAGAGGAAUAUAACACAGAUUUUAAGGAGCAGGACUUGCACAACGAGGACUUUCAUGCAGAAGAAGGGGAAAGGGUGUCUGAAUCUUCAAAGAAAGAGCAGAUGGAGGCAAGCAGCCUGUCUGCACAGAUCCCAGGAACAGUGGUGGACAUUUCAAUGUGGAAACCAGAGGCACAGAAGGAAGUAGAGGAGCCUUUGGAAGCACAGGACAAGGGGGAGACAUCUACAGAGCAGGGAGUGGAAGACUUUAACCAAGGGUGUGAGAUACCAUCCCUGGAACUAGAGGAGGAGGAGACACUCUUCGGAACAAGAAGGACAGAAACAAGAGUUUUCGUUUCGGGCACUGAAGGAGAAGUGGGAGAGACUGAAGAGAAAGAAGAUGAAAACACUAACAAGGGAGCUGAAGAACAGGGACAAGCAGAGGAGAUCGAAGAUGUCAGAUCACAGAAAGAUGUGCCUGGGAUAGCUGAAGGUAUAAGCCAAGAGAAUAACAACCAGGAAAAUGAGGAACUGGGGGAAAUGGAGAUAGAAAUGGAAAUAUCAUGGACAGAUCUUCCACAGCAGGAGAACAGAGGGAGGACAGAGGACAAAGACAUAGAAGGAACAACAUUGCAAAGGACAGUAACAAAAGAGGAGGUUGAGGAAAAAGUCCAGGACCAGAAGGUUUCUGGAGAAGCUGAUGAAGUAAAUGAGCAAAAUGAAGAGGAAGAAAUUAAAAAUGAAAGACCACCACUGUUAAUGAACGAGGAGGACCAUCCUGAUCAACUGGUAGAGAUGAAAGAAGAGAAGCACAGGAGUGUAUUCCAGGAGAAAGAGGAGACACAUCAGGAUGAAGUGAAAGCUGCAAGAGCAAUGGAACACCUUAGAGAUGAUCAAGAGACCCUGGGAGGUCAGGCAGGUGACAACCUCCAGGAGAAAUAUCUCACAGAGGAAGAGGAAGAAGGCGAAGGAAGAAGAAGGGAAGGACUGAUGCAGCAGGAAACUGAGCAGGAUGGAGGAGUUGUGCAUCAGAGAGAGGUGGAAGCUGUGUUGAAAGGAGAAGGUAAAGAGCAGGGAAAUCAUGGAGAUGACACAGAACAUGAUGGGGCCCCAGAACACAUGGCAGAAGAGAAAAGCAUGGAGAUAAUGAACAGUCAAGACGAAGACAAAAUCCUAAGAGAGUCAGAAAUUGUGUCAGAAAACCAAACAAAUCCAGGAGCAUCAGGUGAGGAAGGAAAAGGAGAAAUGAAGAAAGAGGGAGAAACUGGAGGAGAAGGAGAAACUACAGAGAGAAGAGAUAGAGACACAGUCCUUGAAGUGGAAGGAGACAUCCAAGUGAAAGAUGAGAUGGUAUCAGGUAAGGCAGAGGGAAAGAGAGUGGAGCAGGUAGAUUUUGUGGGGGAGGAUGGGAUAGCUACAAAUAAACAAGCAGAGGAAGGUAGAGAUGAAGCAAAAGUAAAGGAAGUCAAACAAGAACUGAGGAGCACAGAGGAGGGGAAAGAUGGAGGAUCCGGAAAAAUGCGACAAGUGGGAGAAAUAAAAGAAGCAUUAGUACCAAAAGCACAAGUACAAGGAGAAGAAAAGCAACUAGAUGGAGCAGAAGAAAGCAUUGGAGAAGAGAAGAUGGGCAAAAAAUGCCAAGAGGAAGGUGUUAAAGAGAGCAUUGUAAUAACUGAGGAGGAAGAAGGGGCAAGUAAAUGUGAGGAUGUCAUAGAAUUAAUUGCAGAAGUAGACGUUUUCCAAGCUAAUGCUUUACUCUUGGAGGAGGAAAAGAAGCUGAGAGAAGAAGUGACACAAAGCAAGGAGCAAGUGGUGACAGGAUACCACAAGGUCACUGGGUGGAUGGAGAUGAAUCAGGAAGUGAAUGUAGAGCUUGAAGAAACAGAAAAAGAAAUUAAGAGAGAUCAAGAGAAAGGAGAAGACAGCGAGGUUGCUGUACGAGAGGAAGAGAAACCCAAUACAGCUGGAGGAGAAGGGGGAGACAAAGAGAUAGCAGAAAUUGAAAUGAAAGAGGUAGGAGGAAGAGAGAUAGAAACACAAGAGAAUAGAGGAAGAGAGCUGGCAGAGAGAGCAGGAGAAGAACUCCAUAAACGGGAAGAGGAGACAGUGGUAGAAGAAGACAGGGGUAUGGAUCUAGGGGUCGGAUGUGUUGGAGAGAAAGGACAGCAGUUUGAACUGAGAAAGGAAGGCUUAGGGGAGGGAGUCCAGGAAAUCACACAAGCUACAGUGGGCUCAUCUGAUGACUGGGUGGGGAAAGCAGGAGAAGAACAGACUCAAGAAUUGGAGAUCAUAAAAGAAAAUGAUGAAUUCCAAGAUCCUAGCGUAGAACCAGUGAUCAAGCAGGAGGCAGCGAAAGUAAGAGCCAAACUGCUGGGCACAGCUCAGGGGAUAGAACAGCAUGCAGCAGGAGCUAGUGUUAUAGGCCAGAAUAAAGGAGCAAUAUCUCACAUGGAACAAGAGACGCAACAGGGAGAGGAGGAAAAACAAUUGGAAGGAAUGAUGGAGAAGCUACUAGACCAGUACUCUUUAAGGAUUCAUGUUAGAACACUUCAACAAGGGGAGGAGAUGCUGAGGGAGGGAGUGUCCCCCAUUGACACAAUGGAGGACACAGAGCAGGAGAAGAGGAAUGCUAAAUAUAGAUAUGAGGAGGAGGAAGAUGACAUGUUGAACGAGUACAUGGAUGAAGAGCAACAGCAAAAUGGUAAUCAAAAAGAGAAGGAAAAGGAGAGACAGGAAAAGCUGGACCUUACAGUGAAGUCAGAGACAGACAAACCAAGACUAGAAGACCAGCAUGUGGUAUCUCUAGCACAGAUUGAAGAAGCAGGUUCUUCAGCACACUAUCUCCAAGACGAUGAUUACAGCAGAGAUGAGGAAAUCAAGGGAGGUCUUCUAAAAGAGGAAGGAUUAUCUGAUCCAGUAGAGAGGAAGCUAGAUGACACAGUAGAGGAAACAGGAUGUGAGGAGAUUGCAAUGGAGAACGACCCAACCCAAAAAGUGAAACACCCAGAUGUGGAAGAGGACAUCCUGAAAGAGGAUGAAACAGAAAGAGAGAGGAUAAGAGUGGAAGAGAGAGAGAAAAAUGAGAAAUCAAAACAAAAAAUAACAGGGACACAAGAGCAAGAAAAAGAACAAACAGAGAAAGAUGCUGGAGAGGAAACCAUAGUAAGGGAAGAGAAAUGGAUGUCAGUCAGAGAAGCAGGAACAGAAGAAGACAGUGAGUAUAAAUGGGAGGAGGACUUGAAAGUGAAAGUGACAAGUCAGGAAAAGGAAGAGGGAAGAGACUUGGAAAAAGGACAGGAUGGGGAAGAGAUGGGAGCAGAAUGGGUAGAACAAGAAUCCCAGAAAAAGGAGCCAAUCUCAGGAGAUGAGUGUCAACGAGGAGAGGAGGAGGAGGGUCUUGGUCAAAAUAUGUUACCAGAGGAAGUCGAACUGAAAGACAGAGUCCAAGAACAAGAAGAGGAAAUGAAGACAUUUGUGGACAAACAGGACAAAGUUAUGGAUUUGCUGGGAGACAUGCAUGAAUAUGAACAGGUAACAGAAGGACAUGAAGAAGAUAUUAAGAAGGAAUUUGAAGAGAUAGCAGAGGUUAUGAAAGGGACAAAUGAUGUACAAACAGUGAAGGAAUGGGUAAUAGCAGAGGGAGAGACAACUUCCGAGAAAGAAGAGAAUAUCAGAGAUGAGAACCAGGGAGAGAAAGCUGGGAGGACUGCAGUCACAGUCAGUCUGUUGCAAGAGGAGAUACUGAGGGAGAAUGGAAUAGAACAGAAAAUAGUAGAGCAAGAAUUCCUAGAUGAAGCGAGUAUCAGAUAUAGCAAGGAGGAAACUGAAAAUAAGGUGGAGAGAGAAACUGGCUGGACUGAAGAACAGGGAAAAAAGGUAACUAAACAGAAAGAGCAGGAGAUGGGUGAAGAGGAGAACCAGGAAGGGAAGGUAAGAAGGGAUGAAUGGAGAGAAUCAGGGCUUGAGAAAGACAAAAAGUCUCUGGCAGAGAAAGGAAGAGAGAUAUCAGCUGAGACAGGAACUGUUCUAGAACUGCACUGGGAGAAAGUCAAAGAUGGACAAGAGAAAAAAGGGGAACUAGAAGAGAGAGAAGAAUCAGAACAUGAAGAGGUCAAGGAGAAACAGGAACUUCAAGGGGAGGUCCUCACUGUAGAAUGGACAGAGACAGGACAGGAAGGAGAAGGGUAUACUGUGGGUGGGACAGAGGCAGGACAGGAAGGAGAAGGGAAAACUGUGAGUCUGAUUGAGACAGGACAGGAAGUGGAGUUUCUAACUGUAAGCAUGACUGAAACAGGACAGGAAGGAGAAGGGCAUACUGUGAGUGGGAUAGAGACAGGACAGGAAGGAGAAGGACAGGAUGGGGAGUUUCUCACUGUAAGCAUGACUGAAACAGGUCAGGAAGGAGAGGUGCAUACUGUGGGUGUGAUUGAGCCAGGACAGGAAGGAGAGGUGCGUACUGUGAGUGUGAUUGAGACAGGACAGGAAGGAGAGGUGCAUACUGUGAGUGUGAUUGAGACAGGACAGGAGAGGGAGAUCCUCACUGUGGGCACGCCUCAGACAGGACAGGAAGGAGUGGUGCAUACUGUGAGUGUGAUUGAGACAGGACAGGAGAGGGAGAUCCUCACUGUGGGCACGCCUCAGACAGGACAGGAAGGAGUGGUGCAUACUGUGGGUGGGACAGAGAUGGGACAAGGAUUGGAUGUAAUCCAGGAAAAAGACCACAAACUGAGUAAAGAAGUGAAAUCUGCAAGGGAGGACUUCAUCCCAACAGGAUUGGAAGAAGGGGAAGGAAGAGGGGGCAGAAAGGAAGUGGAAAUAACGAACGUCCCAGUGCAAGGCGAAGAGCCAUGGGGGCAAGUGAAAAGAGGAAGUGUAGAGGAGAGAAGAGGAAGGGAAGGUCGGCUGGAUACAAGAGGACAGGGAGGGGCAGAGGGAUUUGGGAGACAACUCUUGAUCCCUGCCAGUGAUGAGCCUCGUGGCCUUGCCUGUCUCCCCCCAGGCGGAUGGACACCCCCGCUCUCGGGCCCAGAGCGCCUCUACAACGUGGUUAUGGUGGGGGAUAGUAGCGUGGGCAAGACAUGCUUCCUGAAGAGGUUCCAGAGCGGGGUGUUCAGCGCAGACCACUGUGCCACCAUUGGUAUGGACAGCUGCAUCCAGAAACUCACCCUGGAUGGGCGACGGAUUGAUCUGCAGCUCUGGGACACUGCUGGACAGGAGAGGUACCACAGCAUCACCAAGCAGUUCCUGCGCAAGGCCAGCGCAGUGGUGGUCAUGUAUGACAUCGGCUCUGCCCGCAGCUUUGCUACUGUUCGCUACUGGAUAACCUGCAUUCAGGAAGGAGCCGCAGAUAAUGUUGUCAUACUGCUGCUGGGCAACAAGAGUGACAACUUCACUACAAGGGAAGUCCCGCCUCAGGAAGGGGAGCGGCUAGCCAGGGAAUAUAGCAUUCAGUUCCUGGAGUGCAGCGCCGCCUCUGGCUACAACGUGACGAGCUCCAUGGAGACUCUGGCCAGGAUGCUGAGCGACCGUGAGGAACAGGGGCAGGAUGACAUGGUCACACUGAAGGAGCCCCCAAAGAAGAAGUCGGGGUGCUGUUAGUGAGCCAGCAGGUUCAGAGUCCCAUACAGGACAGGAUUGUACAGGACUGUACAGGGAGGUCUCUCAUGACAUGUCUCAAACCUACUUUGUAUUAACAGUGCAAUUACAGACAGUUCUAUUUUUUUUAAUCUUCCACUUGAUCGACCAGAUUUUUAUUUUGUUUAAUCAGAGGUGCAUUGUUAUCUAAGACAUUCAUACACAAAGCUGAAGUUCUGAUCUCUGCUUUAUUCUCUGACUUUUCUGUCUGUAUCACUGUAUUUCAGGUAAAUUCAACCUUUUUUAUUGAUAAUAAAUAUCACCUGCAAUACAAUAUUUAUGCAAAA